AUGGCGGAGGGUUUUGUACAAGAACAAAGAGGCAGGAGAUCAGAAGAGGUAGCAGAAGAAUACUUAACUAAACUUGUUCAUCGAAAUUUGGUGCAAGUUAAUCUCAAUGGAAUGUCAAAGACAUUUUCUGUUCAUGAUUUGGUACGUGAGGUCAUUCUUUCCAACUCGGAGGAAUUGGGUUUCUGUCAUAUUUCAACUGAUUGCUCGACCCUUCAAGGCAUAGCUCGACACCUUUCUAUAAUUAACAGGGAAGGUGACAAUCCGAAGAGUAGGGUCAAGUCUCAAACACGCUCUCUUAUGGUCUUCAGUAGAAAAGAGUUGCAAAAGCCCAUAAUUGAUGCCAUAUUUGAAAAAUGCAAGCUGUUGACCACAUUGGAUUUUGAAAGCUAUGCGAGGGGUUCUUCAGUGAAGGAGUUGCGAGUUGAGAUUAAUAGAUUUUCCAAAUUGCGAUAUCUCUUGGGUUUAUUGAAGAUACAUGGCAGCAUUGAGCAUUUAGAGUUCUUACAAGUACUAGAUGUAGUUAGACUAGAUGAUAAUCAAGGUUUGAGAUUAAUUAAUGAGUUAAGAAUGUUGAAGCAAUUGAGAAAACUGGGGAUUGUAAAUUUUAAAAGAGACUAUGGAAGGGAUUUGUGCACUGCAUUGGAGAGGAUGACUCAACUGCGGUCACUAUAUCUGCGUGUAGUCAAUGGGGAUGAGAUUCUUGAACUAUUUGAUGGAUACAAUGGAGAGAAGAUUCAUUUUGAAGAAGGAGGGUUUCAAAAGCUCAAGACGUUACUUCUUGCAAGGUUGAAUGAGUUGAAAACGAUGACAAUAGACAAAGGAGCAAUGCCUCUUAUUGAAUCACUAGCAAUAGGACCUUGCCCACAAUUGAAGGAGGUGCCCUCUGGAAUUCAACACUUGAAACACCUCAACGAGCUAUAUUUUGCUGGGAUGUCAAGUGAGUUCACACAAAGGUUGUCACGUGAACAAGGAGAAGACUACUGGAUAGUGAAGAAUGUACCAAUU